GACUUCGGUUAAACAGCUGAUCCGCUCCACCCAAUCAGGAUCACGCUGUUCAAGCUUGCCUCAACCUCAGAAUAUCGCCGCAGACCACCAUCACUCACUUAAGAAACGACACUCCCCUGUCGCCAAUUGAAAGCUACCGCCUUGCACCAUGGCCGCCCUCCGAUCUCAGAGUGCGGCUCGUAUGCUGCGAAGCGCUGCUGCGCCCAGAGUCGCCCUCUCCGCCGCACCCCGACGAUUCCAGAGCAACGUCACUCAGGCCAGCGGCACCAUCACUGGCCCUGUUACCAGCGAGCCCGACUACAAUAUCGAAGCUGACAAGGCUACCUCCACCUUCACACCUGUCCCUCGAUCCAUCCAGCAAGGCAACGAAGAGAUCCUUCCCGCUGCUGUGGUCUCAGGCGCUCCCAUGGAACUCCAGGCCCGAACAGUUCGCAUCUACCAGGAAGCUAAGCCAGCGACUCAGUCCGGCGACUGGCGCGGUCGACGCUGGCGAAUGGAUUGGGAUAUUCUUCCCAAGGGUCAUCGAUGGGAGAACCCGUUGAUCGGUUGGCAAUCUUCGGGAGAUUUUAUGCAAGGUACCCACAUCAACUUCUCGAGCAAGGAGGAUGCUAUUCACUUUGCUGAGAAGCAGGGCUACGAGUACUUUGUUCAGGAGCCAAACUCUCGCAAGUUUGCACCUAAGGCUUAUGCCAACAACUUCCUGUACUCUGCCAGAAAGCUCAAGCAUAUCAGGACGAAAUAGAUGGCUUAGACAGCCCGGCCCCAUGUAAAUAUGUUUUAAAGACUGGUUCAAUUUCAGUGACUUUCAACUAAGAUGAACCUUUACUGGGGCAAUGUCGCGCGUGAAGUGGCAUGUGUGAUAAAUGAAUGAUUAAUCUUGCCUCUAGGAUACUGUCGAGGUCUACAGCCUUUUUUUCAAGGCCUUUUCAGAACGCCCGACAGCCAGCCUUUGUCUUAUUCAUGAUCCUUACCAUAAGGAUGUCAAUCUUAGCCCAAACGCCAAGCGCUACUUGUACGAAGAACAACGCCACACAAUCAAAACUACUACUCUUUGAGCAUGCCUCCAGGUCGGGGUAUCAAUGUCACGUUGUAAUCAUGGGGUCAUGGCCGUUUCCGGUGUGAGGUCUAGGGCUGUCGGGUUCUUCUCCGUUCAAGCCAAUAUCCAGUCGGUCAGCUGCUUCACGCCUUCGGGAUUGUCUUUCAAGGAUGGCCCGAUUUACGCUGUCUGCAACUUCUCGUCGCAACUCUGGCUCUAGCAACGCUGCCAACUGGGGCUCGCGCGCGUCAGAAGGAAUCAAGAGCAGCGCCAUGGUCCUCUCCAAGUCUUCCAGAAACUUGGGGUUCGUGGGUGCUUUGGGGCCUAGUUCCUCAGUAGCGAAAGUGAGGGCUGGUUGAAUAUCCCCAGUCGCAUUACAAGCGCGGAUGAGUUCAAUGAGUUGAAGUCGUAGCAAGGUAAAAUGCAGUGCCUUAUCUCCAUCUAGAAUCUUUAUGUCGAGUUAGCGACGAUACAUUUCAAAAUCUGUGAGAUGAAGAAGUGACAAGAAAGAUAAUCAUAAAAAGUGGUUGUUCCUCA